AUGAAGCUACGCCCAAACCGAACCCGCGGCCUACUCACCGCGGGGCUCCUCUCUACACUAUGGGCAACUGCAACAACGGCACAUUCCUGGCCCGAGCAGACAAGACGCCUAUCACCGAACGGCGUCAUGAUCGGGGAUCCGGGCUAUGACAGAGCACAUACCGAAAGGGGCCAGGGACCGCAGGAGGACUGGCUGAUACCACCGAACGGCAGACCCGGCGGCAAGACGAUCCUCCCCGACGACAAGCUAGUGAAGCCUAGCCAGCGCCAGCUGACCGCCGCGAGCUAUAGCAGCAAAUAUCCCAUGCUCAAGGUGGCCCCGGGCGAUUAUGUUGCUAUCCUGUACGCCGAAAACGGCCACGUCACCCGCCCGGACGUGACAACGCCCCUCAAGCCCAUCAAUCGUGGCACCGUCUACCUCUACGGGACCACUCAGACCGAUCUCUCCAACACCAACCUCGUCGAUGUUCACCUGAAGUGGACCGCCGACGGCAGCGGUGGCGAUAAGAAGGGCAGGCUCCUGGCGACACGGAACUUUGACGACGGGCAGUGCCACGAGGUAAUCCCAAACGUCGGGGAUCCCGAGGGCAUCUCCACAUACCGUACGAAAUUCAUCAGCAACUCCGAUGCCCUACUCUGCCAGUCGGACGUGCAAAUCCCAUUCGACGCCCCCGUCGGGCAGGUUAUGUCCGUCAUCUGGGUAUGGGACUGGCCUGACAUGAGUGUACAGGGCGUGGCCGUGCCGCCCGCGAGCCACCCAGGCAACUCCACAACGAAUGGCGAGCCCUUCGUGACCAUACCCGAGAUUUACACGGGCGUGGUCGACUUCAGCAUCGUGGACCCCUGCGACGACAGUCUCGGCGAUAUCAAGGGCCCAACCUGCAACAAGACAAAAGCCUCCUCCAAGAGCGCGCCCGAGGCGCAGAGCUCGGCGAGCAAAGGCAUCCCCGCUCAGAUGAGGAACCCAUUUCAAGUUCUCGUCCCGCAGGCCGGUGCCGGAGUGAGCCAAGCAACCGCCGACCCGGCCGACAUACCCCUGCGGCCCCUGAUCGGCAAAACGGCCAACCUGCAGUUCCCUCUUCCCGCCUCCAUCCUAGCCGCCCAAGGCAAAGGCCAACCGCAGGGAGGCGGUGGCGGUAACGCAACACACACGCCGACAGCGACGACCUCGGGGACUUCCUCUCCCACCACGAGCCUACCCGUUCCAACCAGCCAGACAUCGUCCGGAAUCAGCCCGUCAAUUGUGACUGUCACGGUCACGCUCGGCAACUCCCAGCUUCCCGCCUACAGUCACGCCAUUCAUGAUGCGCAAGCCUAG